CACCGUGGCGAUCGUGUCCAUCCCAAACCAAAGGUUUUUAUGCCUGUCGGUGUUCGUAUUGACGCAAUGUUUAACGCUUUGCACGUCGUAAUUUUGUAAAUUAAUAAUACUUGUUAAUUACUGUUGUAAAUUAAUAAUAACACUUGUUGUUUAUGGCUCAACGUUUUCGGUUAUUUUCCCACUUUUCUGUGCAGUAUUACUACCGGCGGUGGUGGUGAUAACUGGUGGUACAGAGCUCUUGGUGUUCAUCUGCGAUUGCUUGGAGCUGUGUUCGUGGCACGGUACCACUUGUAUGUUGUGUUUGCUGAGGUUUGUUACAAUCAUAAGUCAAUCGGUUUGUUGUUGGUAAACAAUUGUUUCACCUGAAAAAAAAGCAAUCGUCUCGUACACAUUACGAACGGCAAUCAUGUUGAAAGCUGUCAUAUUGAUCGGAGGUCCGUCCAAAGGUACUCGAUUCCGGCCUCUUUCAUUAGAUGUACCUAAACCGCUUUUCCCUGUGGCUGGACUACCUGUUGUACAGCAUCACAUAGAUGCAUGCUACAAAUUGGGUCAAAAGCGGUGUUCUGUUCCUGAAAAAUGUGAUAGUAAUAAUAGUAGCAAAUAUUAUGUUGCCGAAGUUCUUUUAUUGGGAUAUUAUGGUGAUGAUGAGCUUGCAGAUUUUUUACUUGCAGCGACUCAGAGCUAUCCUUCAAUUCGAAUAAGAUACCUUCGCGAACCUCAUGCUCUGGGCACAGCUGGAGGCUUGUACCACUUUCGUGACACAAUCCUUGCUCCACUGAGUGAUGAAAAUGGUAUUGAGGACGUCCAAGCAUUUUUCGUAAUGAAUGGUGACGUUUGUGCUGACUUUCCUUUAGAUGAGAUGCUUGAUAUGCACUUUAAUAAUCAAUGUCAACUAAACCAACCAGUACUCAUUACAGUUAUGGCAACUGAAACUACUCGUCAGCAAUCGGUACACUACGGUUGCAUGGUAGUUAAUAAAAAUACCAAUGUUAUUCAACAUUAUGUGGAAAAGCCAUCCACAUUUGUUUCUAAUACAGUAAACGGCGGUGUUUAUUUGUGUUCUCCUCAGAUAUUUGAUACUAUGGCAGAUAUUCAUUUAGAAAUGUCUAAUGGUAAUGGUAAUCAACAACAAACCAUUAUCAGUAAUACCGAAAUCUCACAAGAAACACAAAAGUCUGUUGAAGAACGAUUAGCAACUCCUGUGGUUAUAUGGAUGGAACAAGAUGUGUUGCGCAGGCUGGCAGGAGAAUCCAAGAGUGGUUGUAUUAAUAGUAAUGGAAAUAGUAAAUUAAAAGGAAAAGCUGUUGGUGGUGGUGUAGCUUUGGCAGCGGUUACACAUAACUGGUGGUCCCAGUUGAAGACAGCAGGUGCUGCAAUUUAUGCAAACCGUCAUUACUUAAUGUUGCGUGCACCACGUCAGCCUAUUUUAGAUGGAGAAUUGAUUUGUCCUCCUAAUGAGCGCUUACAUGUAAAAGGAUGUUAUUCAAAAAUUGGAUUUGUAUAUGUUCAUCCAUCAGCUAAAGUACAUCCAACAGCAUUGUUGGGUCCAAAUGUAAGUAUUGGAGAAGGAGCAUGUAUUGGUCAAGGUGUACGUAUUAAGGAAUCCAUUAUUCUGCAGGAUGCAAUCAUUGGUCAGCAUAGUCUGGUAAUGCAUAGUAUUGUUGGUAGAAAAGCCAAAGUAGGUGCCUGGUGUCACAUUGAAGGUAGUGCUGCGUGCUCAGACCCUAACCCUAAUGUUGCUAAUGCCAAAAUGACACCACAGUUACCUUUAUUCAAUGCCUUAGAUGGUCGUCUAAAUCCUUCUAUAACCAUACUUGGUUGUGGAGUCAAUGUUGAGUCUGAAGUAGUGUUAUUAAAUAUAAUCGUGUUACCAUACAAGACACUUACAAGAAGUUUCAAAAACGAAAUAAUACUGUGAUCUUACCCAUCCAGAGACUACUUACAAAAUUAAAAUAAAGACUUGCGCAUAGUGAUAAUAAUUUAAAUUACAUCAUUCGAUGAGGAAAAAAAAAAUGAUAUGUAUAUUUUAAUAUAUUUU